CCCGGUGCGGCCGUCCAGGGAGCCAGGUCGGCCACGGCGUGCACCGGCACCCCGGGCUUGCGCGAGCCAUGGCGGGCCUGACGCUGUUCGUGGGCCGCCUCCCGGCCUCGGCCCGCAGCGAGCAGCUGGAGGAGCUCUUCAGUCAGGUGGGGCCGGUGAAACAGUGCUUCGUGGUGACGGAGAAAGGGAGCAAGGCGUGCCGGGGCUUUGGCUACGUCACUUUCUCCAUGCUGGAAGACGUUCAGCGGGCGCUCAAGGAGAUCACCACCUUUGAAGGCCACAAGAUUAGCGUGACAGUUGCCAAGAAAAAGCUGAGGGAUAAGUCCAGGAACAAGGGGAAAAAUGAAAAUUCAGAGACCCUUAAGGAACCGAAAUCUAAAAAGGCCAAAGUGGCAGCUAAGAAAGCCAGGUUGAUCAUUCGGAACCUGAGCUUUAAGUGCUCAGAAGAUGACUUGAAGACUGUUUUUGCUCAGUUUGGCGCUGUCCUGGAAGUUAAUAUCCCUAGGAAGCCAGAUGGGAAGAUGCGUGGUUUUGCUUUUGUGCAGUUCAAGAACCUCCUAGAAGCGGGAAAGGCUCUCAAAGGAAUGAACAUGAAAGAGAUAAAAGGGCGGACUGUGGCUGUGGAUUGGGCCGUGGCAAAGGAUAAAUAUAAAGAUACACAGCCCGUUUCUGGCUCAGGUAAGAGCAAAAGCGCUGAGCCUAACCAUCAGGAGUCAGUUAAAAAGAGUAGCAAAGAUGAUGAAGACAUAGAAGAGGAACAUGAUGAUGUUGAGGCUGAUGAUGAUGAUGAUGAAGAUGAGGAUGAAGACUCCAAGGUGACGCAGGCAGUGCAGCCUCGGAAGAGAGCAGACAGGAAAGCUGUCCCCGCCGAAAGCAGUGACGAGGAUGGCGACGAUGCUUCUGAGGAGGACAGUGACCCGGAGGAGGGGGAUAGUGUGGCUGACACAGAGGACCUGGCUCGGAGCGAUGGCAGUGCAGAAGAGCAGGACGACGAAGGUUCCCAAGUCUCAAAGAAGAAGAAGAGGAAGUUACCGUCUGACGUCAGUGAAGGGAAAACAGUGUUUAUCCGAAACCUGUCCUUCGACUCUGAGGAGGAAGACCUCGGGGAGCUCCUGCAGCAAUUUGGAGAUCUCAAAUAUGUUCGCAUCGUCUUACAUCCAGACACAGAGCACUCCAAAGGCUGUGCCUUUGCUCAGUUUGUGACCCAGGAAGCGGCUCAGAAGUGCCUGGCAGCGGCUUCACCCGAGGCUGAGGGUGGCGGCCUUAAACUGGAUGGCCGCCAGCUCAGGGUGGAUCUGGCAGUGACCCGGGACGAGGCUGCGAAGCUCCGGACGAAGAAGGUGAAGAAGCCGACGGGAACGCGGAACCUUUAUCUGGCCCGAGAAGGCUUGAUCCGUGCUGGGACGAAGGCUGCCGAGGGCGUGAGCGCUGCUGACAUGGCCAAAAGAGAACGGUUUGAGCUACUGAAGCACCAGAAACUCAAGGACCAGAAUAUCUUUGUCUCCCGGACCCGCUUGUGUCUACACAACCUGCCGAAGGCUGUGGAUGACACUCAGCUCAGGAAGCUGCUGCUCACGGCCACCCGGGGCGAGAAGGGCGUGUGCAUCAAAGAGUGCAGGGUGAUGCGAGACCUGAAAGGUGCUCCUGGGGCUGCCAAGGGCCAGUCUCUGGGCUACGCCUUUGCCGAAUUCCAGGAACACGAGCACGCCCUGAAAGCCCUCCGCCACAUCAACAACAACCCCGAUGUCUUCGGGUCUCAGAAGAGACCCAUCGUGGAGUUCUCUUUGGAAGACCGAAGGAAGCUGAGAGUGAAGGAGCUGAGGAUGCAGCGCAGCCUGCAGAAAGUGCAGUCCAAGCCUGCAGCCCGUGAGCCGUCGAAGCAGCAGCCAGAGGCUGGAAAAGGUAGGCAGCAGGUGGCUCCCAGACGCGCUGCCGAACCGAGUGCGGCUCCCCGCAAGCCGCAAGACAAGGAAGGCUCGACGAACUGGAUGGGCUUCCAGACCAAGGCUGAGGUGGAGCACGUGGAGCUGCCCGACGGGAAGAAGAGGAGGAAGGUCCUCGCGCUGCCUUCACACCGAGGCCCCAAGAUUCGGUUACGGGACAAAGGCAAAAUGAAGGCCCUCCCUCCCAAGAAGUCAAAGGCACAAGCACGCCAGUGGAAGCAAGAGAAGCAGCAGCUUGCUUCUAAGCAGGUACCUAAGAAGAAAGCUAAGGGAAACAAGGCUGAAAUCCACUUCAACCAGCUGGUCGAGCAGUAUAAGCGGAAGCUGUUGGGCCCGUCCAGUGGAGCGCCUCUGGCCAAGAGGAGCAAAUGGUUUGACAGCUGAUGGCGGCAGUAGAUUGGACGCCGAGCCGAGCUGUGUCCUUGCUGAAGCUCCCAAGCCUCCUUGCUUCCUGCAUCUGUCACCAGAGGAAAGGAGGUCCCGAGGGCACUGCCACCCAGUUGGGAGCCUCCCUGGGCCUUGCACAGCUGAACUGGGGUCCCUCCAGAGCGUGGUCAGUAAGCGAUGAGGAAUCACUCAGAACCAUCGGGAUGCUCGUAUGUUGUCCGGACUGCUGUGUGAAGUUUUGUCUUUAAUUAUUGUACAGGUUUGUGCUUUAUUCCUCGGAUGGAAACAAUUGUAAAAUAUAUCUGGAGUGCUGAAUUUUUAAGAGGUAUAUUUUGUCAAGCCCCUUCUAUAAAUAGAGUUCUGUUUUGCUUUUUAAAAUAA